UAUAAAGGCAAGCCCUCCGAGCCUCAUUCAUUAUCCCGCCCGGAGAAACGGGCUAUCGCUUCUACUCGCAUCCCAAGUUUCGUAACACCGAGCGGGCGACUGAGAGAACUCAAGAAACCCAAGAAACGAUGAAGAAGGGCGCCGUCGACCGGAGCGAAGGCGGAGGAGAGGAAGCCGCUGCCGCCGAGGAGGAGGAGGAGGAGUGGGCGUCGUCGGGGAAGCUGUACGAGGCGUACAACGAGCUCCACGGGCUGGCGCAGGAGUUCGAGACUCCGUUCGAGGCGCCGGCGGUGCUGGUCGUAGGGCACCAGACCGACGGGAAGAGCGCCCUCGUGGAGGCCCUCAUGGGGUUCCAGUUCAAUCACGUCGGCGGCGGCACCAAGACCCGCCGCCCCAUCACGCUCCACAUGAAGUACAACCCCACCUGCGAGCUCCCCUGGUGCCGCCUCGUCUCCGACGCCGACCCCGCCGUCGCGCACUUCAAAUCCCUCGCAGAGAUCCAGGCUUAUAUUGAAGCUGAAAACAUGAGGCUGGAGAGUGAUCCCUGUCAAUUUUCAGAGAAAGAAAUCAUUAUCAAAAUAGAGUACAAAUACUGUCCAAAUCUCACCAUGAUAGACACUCCAGGUCUUAUCAUUCCUGCUCCAGGUCGUAAGAAUCGAAUUUUGCAGGGGCAAGCUCGUGCAGUGGAGGCACUUGUGCGUGCUAAGAUGCAACAUAAAGAGUUCAUCAUAUUAUGCCUUGAAGAUUGCAGUGAUUGGAGUAAUGCCACUACACGGAGAGCAGUUAUGCAAAUUGAUCCUGAACUAUCAAGGACAGUCAUAGUCUCCACAAAGCUUGACACAAAAAUUCCUCAAUUUUCACGAUCUUCAGAUGUCGAAGUUUUUCUUAAACCACCUGUUUGUAUGUUGGAUGGUUGUUUAUUGGGUGACUCACCCUUCUUCACUUCUGUGCCCUCUGGAAGAGUUGGUCCUGGGCAUGAAGCUGUUUACAGAUCAAACGAGGAAUUUAAGAAAGCCAUUUCUUUGAGAGAGCUGGAAGAUGUUGCUUCUUUAGAGGAAAAAUUAGGUAGAUCAUUGUCAAAGGAGGAAAGAAGUAGAAUAGGUGUGAGCAGCCUUAGGUUAUUUUUGGAAGAAUUGCUGCAGAAAAGGUACUUGGAGAGUGUUCCACUAAUUAUUCCACUUUUAGAAAAGGAAUUCCGGAGCACAACAAGGAAGCUAAGUGAUGUCAAUAAAGAACUCAGCAAUUUGGAUGAAGUAAAACUGAAGGAGAAGGGACGUGCAUUCCAUGAUUCAUUAUUGACAAAGUUAUCAUUGCUGUUGAAAGGAACAGUGGUAGCACCUCCUGAUAAAUUUGGGGAAACUUUGCAGGAUGAAAGGACUAGCGGAGGAACUUUUAUAGGAACUGACGGUCUCCAGUUUCCUCACAAGAUGAUGCCUAAUGCUGGGAUGCGACUUUAUGGCGGUGCACAAUAUCAUCGUGCAAUGGCAGAAUUUCGUCUUGUGGUUGGAGGUGUCAAAUGUCCUCCAAUUACCAGGGAAGAGAUUGUAAAUGCAUGCGGCGUUGAGGACAUCCAUGAUGGAACAAAUUAUUCUAGGACUGCUUGCGUAAUUGCUGUUGCAAAAGCUCGGGACACAUUUGAGCCUUUCCUUCAUCAGUUAGGCUUUAGGCUUUUAUACAUAUUGAAGAGGUUGCUUCCCAUCUCUGUAUAUCUAUUGCAGAAAGAUGGUGAGUAUCUUAGCAGUCAUGAAGUAUUUUUAAGGCGCGUUGAGAUUGCAUUCAAUAACUUUGCCGAAGUUACUGAACGAGCAUGCCGUGAUAAAUGCAUGGAGGAUUUAGUAAGCACCACUCGUUAUGUCACUUGGUCCCUCCAUAACAAGAAUCGUGCUGGAUUACGUCAAUUCCUGGACUCAUUUUCUGGCACAGAGCAUUCUUCUAACGGAAAUUCCACUUGUUUGGGUGGUCUGCAAGAGUCAUCCUUUGGAUCAAAUGACAAUAAACAUGAAAGAUUGAAGACAGAUUUAAAACCUAACCAUGGGACACAAGGUGUCGACUCGAAUUCCUGUAGUCCCCUAGUGGAGACAAGACUGGUUGAUCUUUUAGAUAGCACACUUUGGAACCGAAGGUUGGCUCCUUCAUCUGAAAGAAUUGUUUUUGCACUAGUACAUCAGAUUUUCCAUGGGAUUAAGGAACACUUUUUGGUGUCUACUGAAUUGAAGUUUAAUUGCUUUCUCCUUAUGCCGGUGGUUGACAAGUUGCCAGCCCUUCUACGAGAAGACCUAGAGUCUGCAUUUGAAGAUGACUUGGAUAACAUCUUUGACAUCACCCAGCUACGCCACUCACUCGGGCAGUGCAAGAGGGAUUUGGAGAUUGAGUUGAAACGGAUACAGAGGCUUAAGGAGAAGUUUAGAGAGAUAAAUCAGCAAUUGAAUUCCCACCAGAUUUGGCCAAAGAGAAUUUCCACUGUAAAACCACGUUGCUGAUGUUAGACAAAUCUCAUUCAAAUCAUAUCCACCAGGCGUGACUUGCGUUGGUUUAGUUUGUCAAAACUUACUCCAGCUGUGGUUGGCACCUCCCAGCUCUUGGGAAAUCCUGAGCUAGACUAUGGAUUGUGGUACACCACUGAAUUUCUCAAAAAGAUCACGACCAUUCUUCAUUUGCAUCAGAUAUAAUUGCUGCUAUCAUUUCAAUUAGCCCAGUUCUA